GUGGGGAUCAAAAGGCACUGCAAAUGCCGUGUUCCUUCUUCAAUGCUCACAAAAUAUUUUCAACGCCCUAAACCUAAAAGCUCAACCGCCUCUCUUUGUCCUUUCCUGCUUCUCUCUUUUCUUUUGCGUCUUCCAAACAUGGUCGCAAUCGCAUCAUCAGCGGCUAUCCUCUUACUACUUCUUCUCUUCAUCGCUGGUUUCCUCAAUAUUUACUUCGAUGUGCCUUCCAAGAAGCUGUGUUCUUGGCUCCAUUCUUUUCUCUUAAAGAAUCCUUCAGCUUCUGCCAAAGUCUCUCCCCAGAAAGAGGGGACAAGGACAGCUACUUCUUGUAAUAACAGUGCCAAGGGAGAGCUUAAGAGUGUGUUUGCUACCUUUGACAAGAAUGGAGAUGGCUUCAUAACUAAGCAAGAACUGAGAGAGUCGCUUAAGAAUAUAGGAAUCUUCAUAACAGCGAAGGAAGUUGAAGAAAUGGUAGUGAAGUUUGAUUCUAAUGGAGAUGGAUUGAUAGAUUAUGAAGAGUUUUGUCUCUUGUGCGACUACUCCAAGGCAGGUGGUGAUCAGGAGUUGGGGGAUGAUGACAGUGGUGGUGGGAAAGGAAGAGCAGAAGAAGAAGGAGAUUUGAAGGAAGCAUUUGAUGUGUUUGAUAAGGAUAAAAAUGGGUUGAUAACGGUUGAAGAACUGGGAUUGGUGUUGUGUUCUUUGGGAUUAAAGGAAGGAAAAAGAGUUGAGGAUUGCAAAGAAAUGAUUAGAAAAGUUGAUAUGGAUGGAGAUGGAAUGGUUAAUUUUGAUGAGUUCAAGAGAAUGAUGCAGAGUGGAAGCAUCAAGCUUAUACCUGUCUGCUAAUUAAACUACUCUUAAUCUGAUAUUAUAUGAUAAUAUAGAACUUUUGAACCGAUCUACUCGAAAAUCAAUCUGAUUCUCACCUGUCUACAGUAUUUGUGUAUGCAAUAGGUGGAUAAAAAAAAUAAUUUAAUUCGAUUCUCACCUGUCUACAGUAUUUGUGUAUGCAAAAGGUAGAUGAAAAAAAAAUUUACUUUUUUAUACCUUAA